CGUAGAAAAGCGAAAGUCUCCUUCUGGACGAGAAUGUCAUAUACGAAACUGCUGUGUGUUCUGCCGGCCUGCCGCCAGGUGUCGCUGUGUGUCGUGCUGGCCGCCAGCGAGGCGAAGAAGAAGAUCUCCCAGCCGGCUCUGAGCAUCGAUGAGUUGCCCUCGCUGUACACCAGGCCUGAGGUGGAGCCUCGGCACGUGGAGCCGGAGGCCGGGCCGCUGGAGCAGAGCGUCGCGUCGCUGAGGAAUCUGGCGGAACCGUACACGACCCGGUGCCAGGAAACGGGCCAAGCUGCAGUGGAGAAAGUUGAGAGAGUGUACAGGACCAUGGAGCCAACGAUCAACACCUGUGUAACGACCGUCACAGAUGCGUACCAGUUCCUCAGUGACCCCCCUGCUGACCUCUAUCCCAGUGUGGCGGCGGUGGGCUUCUCUGGCUUCCUGGGACUUUAUUUGGCUAAAGGCUCCCGGGUGAAGCAGCUUUUGUUUCCAGUUGGACUGAUGGCGCUGAGCGCCUCCAUGUUUUACCCUCAGCAGGCCGCCUCGUUGCUGAAGGGGAGUCGGGAUACUGCGAACAGCUGGGCUCAGCAGGGCCGCGUCACCGUGGAGACGCUUUGGAAGGAAGCCCCGUUCGGCAAAAAGAAGAAAAACGAGCGAACAAAGAGCAACGACACGACCGACAGCUGAGACUGCAAGAAGACACACACGCACACACACACACACACACACACCACACCACACCACACCACACCACCACACACACACCUGUACGACUCCUGUAGAUGCAUUGCUCACACACAACCAAGUCACAUAUUAACAGACACUUGGGAGAACCUUCCUCCUCCUCCUCCUCCUCCUCCUCCUCCUCCUCCUGAGUCUCAACAAAACUUCACAGACAACCCGCGAAACUCACAAAUACUCAGUUAUGAGUUUAAAUUGACAGAAAAUUAACCAGCCACCAUUUUGAUGCUUCCAGUUUCCCAAAUGUGAGAAUGUACUUUAUUUUUGUUCUGUCUUAUUUUAUAUUAAAGUGAUUUUAUUUGUGUUUCGAACUGUUUAAAAGCAAUUGCAUGUCGGCAUUAUUUUUCUGACCUUCAAUAAAUAAUAUUAAUAGUUUUCUAUCGCUGCUACUGAAUAUUUUCUUUAACAUAUUUUUGGGUUUUAUUUGUCUCAGAAUAUCUUCAGAACUUGUCGACAGGAUUCAAAGAAAGUGAUUUUUUUUCUUCUGUUAUUUGUGUACAUUUUAAAAGGAUCGUGAACUUUUCUGAGAUGCAUUUGAAAGACUCUAAUUUUUUACACAGAAAAUUAGAAUCUUGCUGAGGAUCAGAUGAGAAGAUCGAUAUCACUCUGGUUAGCUUAGCUUAGCACAAAGACUGAAAACGGGGGGGAACCGAUAGCCUUGAACUUGAGCUUUAAAGGUGCUGGAAGGUGGCCAUGCUAGCUGUUUCCCCCCACUUCCAUUAUUUAUGCUAAGCUAAGCUAACCAGCCACUGGCUUAUUUCUUCAUAUUUACUGGAAAGAGUAAAUUGCUUUUGUUGCCAUUGAAGUGCUUUUUUUAAAAAGGGAAUAGAAAAUGCAAACGAGCUGAAAUCGAAAAAUGUGGUUAUUAUAUAAACAAAUCGUAAUAUCUUGAGUUCAGUAUCUUUUUUUUGUUAUUUGGGUGAAUUCACCAGUCACUGUUUCGUUAUUUCUUUUUAAACAUGUCAACGUAUUUAUUUCCCCAGUUUGAUGCUAAUAUUACGCUCCAAUGAAGGCCAAAUAUUAUGUUUGUCAACGAGCUAAAUGUUGUGUGUUCUUGUCUAAUAAUGCUGUGUGUGUGUGUGUGUGUAUAUAUAAAUAUAUAUAUUGUGUUUAUUUAAAUGCAAUGUCAUUAAAUCUGGUAUCUGACUGAG